AUGAGUUCAUUUUCAGAUCUAAUCAAAUCCAUCUCAUCAAGUACACCAGCAGAAUUAGAUCCAGAAGAUUCAUAUCAUUCAAUCGAUUCAAAACCAAAACCAACCAACUCUCAAUCUCAAACCCAAUAUCAUUCAGUUCCACCAAGUAAAUUGAGAAACCAAUUCGAAUUCGAACUUGAAAAUGAUUCUUUGAAUAAGUAUUCGGGUAAAAAGGUUUCUAGGAAGGAUAUUCAGGAAGACGAACCCCCAACCAGACCCGAAAACAACUUACUAGUUAAACAAUUACAAGCAUCAGUCAAAGCUGAUCUCGUUAAAGGAAAAGCCAUCAAAUCUCAAUUAGCAGUUUAUGACAGUUUGUUGGGAUUCAGAAUCGGCUUACAAAAAGUCUUAACAGCAACAAAUGAGAUUUCACAAAUAAUUCCAAAAGAAGGUAUACCAGAAGCCUAUUCGACUCAAACUGUUUUAAAUCAAUUAAUUUCACUUAGUUCAAGUGUAGGAAACCUUAGAUCGGAAAUGAUGAUGAAGAAUGAUUUACUGGAGGUUCCAGAUCGGGUUUUGAAAAAACGGAAAUCAGAAAGCGAACCAAACUUGGAAAGUUGUAUAGAAGAAACCCAAGAAUUAGAUAAAAUACUUUCACCUUAUUUACGUACAACGAUACAAAAAUGGUCAACAAAAAUCAAUUCAGCCACAAGUUUAACAAACUCACAUAAGAAAUUCAAUUCGGUCAACCAAAAUGUUUUAAACCAAUUAGAUACUUUAUGGAAGAUGUCAGAAGAAAAAGAAAGGUUAAUUGAACGAACUAGAUUGAAACGUCAUAAACCGAAUAUGAAGAAAGAUCAGAUUGGUUUAGUAGAUCAGUCAGUGGAAGAAUUUGAUCAGUUUGAUGAUCGGGAUUUUUAUUUGUCUUUAUUGAAAGAAGUGGUAGACACGAAUCUUCGAGAAACAGAUCCUACUGGUUUUCCAACGAAUAGAUCUCAAAGAACUCAUCACCCGAAUGUAGAUCCAAAAGCUUCAAAAGGAAGAAAGAUAAGGUAUCAUGUUCAUGAGAAGAUUGUGAGUUUUAUGGUACCUGUUCCAACGGAUUUAUGGACAGACGAAUCGAAGGAUGAGUUGUUUGGUAGUUUGCUUGGUAGAGGGUUUGAGAGUUUGGAUGGGAUUGGUGAAGAGGAAGUGAAAGAGAAAGAGGUUGGGUUGGUUUUUGAACUUUACUUAAAGUGA